AAGGUUAAACGAGGUUAACAUUUUAGUAAGUUGAGUCGUUGACGUACGUAUACACAGCGUACGUCAUUGACAGUGUAGUACAGCAGGAUUGCAGAUAAUAGUGAAUAGUACCUACCCCCGAAAUGGAACGGUGGAGUGGAAAAGUCGCAAUAGUAACAGGGGCCAGUUCUGGCAUUGGAAAGGCAGUAGCGGAAAAAUUAGUCAGAGAAGGAAUGAUAGUUGCUGGAUUGGCUCGUCGCAAGGAAAGAGUUGAAGGAUUGGCGGCAACGCUCAAAGGUUGUAAGGGGGUGUUACACGCGAUUCAGGCCGAUAUUACCAAAGAGGAGGACAUUUUGCGGGCAUUUAAAUAUGUCAUCGAAAACUUAGGACCAAUUCACGUCCUUAUUAAUAACGCAGGACUCGCUAGCGUUUCUCCACUUUCAUAUGGAAAGACUGACCAUUGGAAGCUACUAAUGGACACAAAUGUUGUGGGAUUAGCGGUUGCUACAAGGGAAGCCCUACAGAAUAUGUAUCGUAAUAAAAUAGAUGGUCAUAUAAUACACGUUAGCAGCAUGUGCGGCAAUAAACUAACGAUGAAUCCCAAUGGAUUCAGCGGCGCGACUAAAGCAGCGGUUACAACAUUAGCGGAAAGCUUGAGGGUCGAAUUGAAUGCAGCCAAAAACAGAACUAAGAUUUCGUGCAUUACUCCAGGUUACGUUCACACUGAGCUCAUGGACAUAGUAAGGAAAGAUAACCAAAAGCCGGAAAUUCAGAAAUAUUUGGAUGAUUUCGAAAAGAAUAUGCCGGCCUUACAGCCCGAAGACAUGGCGGAUGCUAUGCUUUAUAUGUUGGCGGCUCCACCGCAUGUUCAGAUACAAGAUUUACUUAUCCGUCCAGUUGGUGAAGUGUUGUAGAAAUAUGUUAUAGAGAAACUGACACCGGUGUAUUCAAUUAAACAGAUACAAUUCGUA